AUGUCAGGCCUCAAGAAAGACCUCAAGGUCACUGUCCUGCCAAGAACUUCCGAAGAAUCAACAUCCUCAACACAAUCACAUAUCAAAGCACCAUCACUCAAGUCGCCGCGCACCGCACGAUUUGCAGAGGCCACUGCUGUUCACUCUCCCAUCGAACCGUCUCCAGCAGCACUACCCUUUGGGCGAGAGAAGACAGUACACCUGAUGGCGCAACCUCAGGUCUCUGACGUCGGCUUCGGCUAUGUCAACAAGCACGAAUCCGUCGAGAUGCCCGACACCGAGUACCGACCACCUGUCGUUGCUAGAGCGCUCCGAAGUCCCACGAUGCCCUUGAAGAGCGCCAUGAAGACUCCUGGUGCGCCGCCACGAGACUUUGGUGAGGCGAUUCUCAGCCCGACCUUCAAGGAGGAGCAGAUCGUCGAGAAGACCGAAAAGUUCACCGAGAAUCAGCAAGUCAAGGACGUGGUAUGUAUCAUCGCCUCCCAUCUGCCAACCUGGCACAAAGUCAAAACUCGCGUCCGUGUUGUAAAGUUCCUCCUGCGUGGUGUCAACUUCUCCUGCGCUUUGGUCGUACUCGGCAUGCUUGGAACGACCAUGGCCGUAUUCAACGCAACCAAGGCUCUGCCUCCACGAAACAACCUUCCUGCCUGGGCUCCUAACCAACAGACUUGGCCCCAGAUUCUUCUGCUCUCCCUCGCUUGCAUCUCUCUCUUCACGACUCUCAUCGUCUUUUACGGCUACUGGAAGGGCGGUCACAAGCAGGCACAGAAGAGUUCCGUCUACUACACUCUGUUCGCCGUCGGCUUCUUCAUCUUCAGUACGGUCAUGUGGGUUAUUGCAACGGUCGCGUUCCAGCACUCCAAGCAAAACGGCAACAACAAAGACAUGUGGGGCUGGGCUUGUGUCGACAAUCCCCGUCACGAUUUGUUCGAGGCCGAUGUCGGUUACAGUCUCCUUUGCCGCCUGCAGAACUGGAGCUUGGUCUGCGCCAUCAUUGAGAUCGUCGUCGAAGUCAUCACCAUCUGCGUCUACGGAGUGAUCUUCUACCGCUUCUACUCGAAGCGUCAACUUCGCAAGACUAUGGAAGUGCGUGACCAGGCUCGCAGCCAGCUUUACAUGGCGCAGAUGCGUACCCAGCCCAACACUCCCGCGCCAUUCAGCCCGCGCGAUGGCGGCUGGCGUGCUCCAUCUGACGAGUCCUUCAACAAGGCUGGUGCCAUGGAGGAGGGCGACGUCCGCUACAUCAGCGCCGACCAGAAGCAUGUCCCGGCACCCUUCAAGCUCCAAGCGCCACCGAUCAAGGUCACCAACGCCACUCCCAAGGUCCAACAACUCGGGUUUACUCCCCUCGACACCAGCGUAUCAGACCGUCCUGCUCCCCGCGUGACCACCGUCACCGAAGCCUCCAUCCAGGAGCAUGUUGCGGCAGCGCCUGGUGAACAGGUCUAUGCGGCAGUGCCUAUUCCCGGUGCGUACGAAGCGCCGCUCUCGCCAGGAUUCGAAAACAGGCACAUGCAAUUCCCGCGGAUGUGA